AUGUCGAAAGUUACAGAAAUGUCAGCAAACAUUUUGGACGAAUCCCUGUCGCAGUUAGAUAAGAAGUAUCGCAUGCAAGAUAAGGACAAGUCGGCAGCCAAAGCAGAGUCCUGCUGUAUGGUGGCCAUCAUCAUCUUAGGACAGAUAUACAUUGCAAAUGCUGGAGAUGCUAAGGUGGUCUUGGGGCGACUCGUCAGGCCCAAAGGACGCGUUCGAUUGAUCCUGGAACGAUGGGCUAGGCUCACACCGCACAUCCAAGCCAUCCCAUUACUGGCAGGCGAACACCCCAUUCUGCAGUUUCCAAGGGAAGAGUUAGAACUAAUGCAUCCAAUGGAUCACAGCAUUCUGCACUACAGUGAUAAAUCGCUUGCCAAAGGCCUCAUUCCGACAAAAAGAUCAGUUAUUGAUAUGUAUCUUAACAAGAAGACAGGCAUUUUGCAUGCCCCUACACUCUUCCAAGAUGAGCUUCUACCAGAGGACAAAUUCAUAAUAUUUGGAUCUUCUGAGCUAUGGAGAUACCUUAAAAAUGAAGAAGCAGUUGCUAUGGUGAGAAAAUUAUCGCGAAGGGUAAGAUUUCUACACCCCACCCUUGAUUUCGUUCAUAUUCAUAUAUUUUGCACCAACAAGUUCCUGUGUUUCAUUUCCUGCAGGGAAUCGCCAUGAAAUUGGUAAAAAAAGCUUUGAUGUAUAAGGAGCUGAAGAAACUUACACAGAGUUCGAACCAUGACAACAUCUUGGCUGUUGUUCUUUUCCUAGAUCACAAUCGAGUCAGCGCCGGCACAAGCAGCAACCAUCUCUCCGCAAUAUAUUAUGAAAAGAGCAGCAGCCCGGAUAGAGACAGCGAACUUGAAAAGUUUGGGGUGAAAUAUGAGUAGUUUUAGGAAAUCACUAUUGAAUUGACAUUUCCCUUUCUACAAACUUGAUAGUAAUACAUAUUCUUG